AUGCCACCCCUACUUUCUUUUCAUGAGUUCCAUUUUUUUUUAAUUUCAUUGUCUUUAUUUUUCUUAUUUUAUUGCUUUUUUCUUUUACUUCUUUUUUCCCCUUUUUUCUCUUUUUCUUCUUUUUUCCCCUUUUUCCCCUUUUUUCUCUUUUUCUUCUUUUUUCCCCUUUUUUCUCUUUUUCUUCUUUUUUCCCCUUUUUUCUUUUUCUUUUCUUUUUCCCUUUUUUCUCUUUUUCUUUUCUUUUUCCCUUUUUUCUCUUUUUCUUUUCUUUUUCCCUUUUUUCUCUUUUUUUUUUUUUUCCCUUUUUUCUUUUUCUUUUCUUUUCCUUUUUUUCUUUUCUUUUCUUUUCCCCUUUUUCCCUUUUUCUUUUCUUUUUCCCCUUUUUUCCCUUUUUCUUUUCUUUUUCCCCUUUUUUCCCUUUUCUUUUCUUUUUCCCCUUUUUUCCCUUUUUCUUUUCUUUUUCCCCUUUUUUCCCUUUUUCUUUUCUUUUUCCCCUUUUUUCCCUUUUUCUUUUCUUUUCCCCUUUUUCCCCUUUUUUCCCUUUUUCUUUUCUUCUUUUUCCCCUUUUUCCAUUUUCCUUUUUUUCUUUCUUCUUUUUCCCUUUUUCUUUUCUUCUUUUCCCCUUUUUCCCUUUUUCUUUCUUCUUUUUUCCUUUUUUUUCUUUUCUUCUUUUCCUUUUUCCUUUUUCUUUUCUUCUUUUUCCCUUUUUUUUCCCUUUUUCUUUUCUUCUUUUUUCCCUUUUUCUUUCCUUUUUCUUUUUCUCCUUUUUUCCCUUUUUCUUUCCUUUUUCUUUUUCUCUCGUUCUUUUCCCCCUUUAUUUCCUCCCCCCGUUCAUUUUUCGCCUUUUCUUUCUUUUCCUGCGUUCCUUUUCUUUCUUUUCCUGCGUUCCUUUUCUUUCUUUUCCUGCGUUCCUUUUCUUUCUUUUCCCCUGUUCUUUUUCCCUUAUUUUUUCUCUUUUUCCCCUCUCUUUCCCCUCUUUUUCCCCUCUUUUUUCUCUUUUUCCUUCCUUUUUCCUCUUUUUUCUUUUUCCUUCCUUUUUCCUCUUUUUUCUCUUUUUUUCUUCCUUUUUUCUCUUUUCUUUUCCUUUUUUCUCUUUUCUUUUCCUUUUUUCUCUUUUCUUUUCCUUUUUCCUCUUUUCUUUUCCUUUUUCCUCUUUUCUUUUCCUUUUUCCUCUUUUCUUUUCCUUUUCAACUAUUUAUAAAACUUUUUUUUUGUCAUGUACCUGAUGGAGGUGCUGUACCGAAAUCUCUCUAUAUGAAAGAUGAAGAAAUGGAUAAGUCUCCAGAUGAACCUUCCCUUACCACUGACAGCAUCUACCAGACAGCACAUGUCGUCAAGGAGUAUCCACAUGAGGUGCUGAUCCAAGUGCCCCAGAAGAGCUCUGUAAUCACUUGGGAUUUUGACAUCUUGAAAGGAGAUGUUACAUUCACAGUGUUCCGUUGCCUGAAGACUCUUCAUGAACCAAUUCACACUCAUCAUGUUACUGGGGCCACUGGUGGUAUUGGUUCAGUACAGUAUACAGAUAAAUCUUUGGUAGUUGGUGUCGAUCUAAGCAUUGUGGAACCACCCCAUAUAUGUCGGGAUGGGGAUAGUGUACAGGGAUCAAUAGUGACCAGUCAAACUGGCAGUUACAUUUUACAGUGGAAAUAUUUUGACUCUGCUAAACCUUCAUUUGACUUCCCACUCUCUUCACAUAAAUCUAAAGUCAUGUACUACACAGAACUAUUAAAAUCUGAAGCAUUCAAAGGGUCCAUGAGCAGCUUACAGUCUUUUCAGAGUGGCAUUUCUUCAUUGAGUAUUGGCACCAGUCAAAGUGGCCAACCAUUCUUUAUCAUUUGUCCUUUUCCUCUUAGCAAUAUCUUCUCUUCCUCUCCUGCAUCUCUCUCUCCCUCCUGCUCUCGGCCCCUUGGCCUUCUUCCUCCUGCCCUCGGCCCUUUAUUUUCUUCCUUCUGCCUUCCCCUUGGCCUUUCUCUCUUGUACUGCUCUCUGACCUCCUUUAUCCUACCCUUGGUCACACCUCCAGCAUUUCCUUCUUGCCUCCCCCCCCUGGCCUUCUCUCUCCUGCCAUCACAUCUUGGCCUUCUCUCUCCUGCUCUUGCUUGCAUGGCCUUCUCUCCUCCACCUAGAUCUCUCCCAACCUUCUCUAUCUUGCUAUCAACCCCCCUCUAUCUUGCUAUCAACCCCCUAUCUUAUCAACCCCUCUAUCUUGCUAUCAACCCCCUCUAUCUUGCUAUCAACCCCUCUAUCUUGCUAUCAACCCCCUCUAUCUUGCUAUCAACCCCCCUAUCUUGCUAUCAACCCCUCUAUCUUGCUAUCAACCCCUCUAUCUUGCUAUCAACCCCCUCUAUCUUGCUAUCAACCCCCUCUAUCUUGCUAUCAACCCCCUCUAUCUUGCUAUCAACCCCCUCUAUCUUGCUAUCAACCCCCUCCAGCUUUCUCUCUCUUUCCUCCUGCAUCUCUUUCUUUGCAUGCAUUUAUCCUACCAUUAUACAAAUAGUUUGUCCACUAUACAUAAACAUGUACUUAGACAUUUCUCUUGCAUACACACAUACCUUUAUUCAUUCUUGGUGCUGA